AAUGAUCAGCGUACCAUUAAGCAAAAUAAAUAGAUGAUAUCAGAUUUGUUUACAUUUUGCUUGUGAAUUAAUUGUUUUAUUUUGAGAGAAAUCAAAUAAUGUCAUCAGUGCGGUUAAGCCAAAUGGAACGCGACCAUUUAGCGCUAUUACAACGUCCGGCUAGCGAAGUUCUAGAACUAUGUAAAUCGGCAUUCGACUACCUUGUGAACGGUCCCAACUUGGAACGCUACGAUAAUUUGGCCAAAAAGUAUGCAGGCGACGUGAAUAGUGAGGCAGUGCAAAGAGCAGUGGAAGCCUUAAUAUCACUGCUAAUCCAUGUAACAACCAAGUCAAGUCCGAAUGGCGAACAAAUGAACAUGCGUCAUAUAUUCCCCCAUUUAAGGGACGAUGUGCUAGAGGUGCUCGAACAGUUUGUCACUAGUAAACGAAAUUUCGUAGAGGGCUCCAUUAAGUCGGCUAACAUUCGUGCACACAGGUUGGUCAACCUGGACUGGCGUCUGGAGGUGCGCACUGCAUCUCGCUGCUUACUACAGCAAGCGAAUGUGGUGAUAACAAUGAAGCUGUAUCUUCAUACGGAGCCGAAAAACGAAAAUCGCGAACUUCUGGAAAUAGACACAUCCGAAAGAAGCGACAAUGAGCUAAAUGCAAUGAAUGAGGAUGAACGACGGCAUCGUAAGGAUGUUAUAGUGCAAACUGAUGUUAGUAGUUUGGUGUACUUAAUAAAAACGCUUGAGGACGCCUUGGCGGAAUCGAAGACGCGUCGCAUUAAAAACAUUGUCAAUGCCAUACACUAGAGGAAUAUAGAUAUAUUAGUUAAGUCAAGAUAUUAAUCUUAUUUUAAGCUG